AUCGGCCACAGACUGAGAGAGAGAGAGAGGGAGAGGGAGGACACCGCGCAACGGCAACCUGAGACGCGCGUCCUCCGUCACAGAGAUCGGGAACUUUAAUGAUUUGACGGCGAAACCGAUGGAAACGUGGAGAUGAUGUCCCAGUCCUUGAUGAUGGAUUCGUCUUUCAGCAUGUCCGGCUAUGCUGUCCUUGUGCUCGUCUCAUAAUAGACUGAUGAUCCAUUUUUCUUCUCAAGUAGCUACUUCUGCUUUUGUGACUGAACACUUGAGUCCAGCGUGAAGAACUGUGAAGGAAGCGGGACGCGUUCUUUCAAUAAUCAUUAUUAUAAAGGACCUCCAGUGGAUUCGUGAUGUCUGCAACAUACCGCUCCUUGUUCCUCUUGUUGUUGAGUUUGCUCUCGGCCGGGGCUGAGACUGAGAUGAAACGGGUUGUCGGGGACAACGGCACGUUGCCAUGCCAUUAUCCGUUCUGGCAGUCCAAUGGGCAAACGCUGGACAUUGAAUGGCUCCUGCAGAAACCCAACGUCAAGCAGCGAGUGAUCAUCACGUUCUUCAACAACGAGGUCUACACUAACGACAAUCAAGCCAGUCGUCUGUCAUUUGCUGGCGACUAUCUGAAUGGAGACGCAUCUCUGCUGAUCAGCGAUCUGCAGCUGACCGACUCUGGAGAAUACCACUGUAAAGUCAAGACCGGCGGCAAGAUCCACUGGGACCAAGUCAACCUCGUUGUGCUGGUGAAGCCCUCGAAACCGCGGUGCUGGGCGGACGGAAGGCUGCUGGAGGGCAGUGAUGUGAAACUGAGCUGUAAAUCUUCAGACGGAUCUGAGCCCAUUCACUAUAAGUGGGAGAGAGUCCUGGAUAAAGGCAAGAGUGUGGGGAAACUACCCCCCCUCGCUCUCAUCGACCUGAAGAACCCUGAGAUCGUGACCUUGAGGAACCUGACUCAGGACAGCUCUGGCCUCUACAAGUGCACCGCCAGCAAUGAUGUGGGAGAGGAGAACUGCAUCAUCGAGGUCACCAUGCAGUAUGUGCGAGGUAUGGGAGUGGUGGCCGGUGCAGUGGUCGGCGUUUCAUUCGGUGUUCUGCUCCUCAUUCUCAUCAUCUGGCUGGUUUUCCGCAAGAAGGAGAAGAAGAAAUACGAGGAGGAAGAGACGCCUAAUGAGAUCAGGGAGGAUGCAGAAGCCCCUAAAGCCAAGCUGGUGAAGCCGAACUCCCUGUCGUCAUCUCGCUCGGGCAGCUCCCGCUCCGGUGCUUCUUCUACACAGUCCAUGGUGCACAACAGCGCCCCCAGAGGCCAAAGGCCAAGGCCACCUGCUGUUGCUGCCCUCAAGGAGAACGGACAGCCUCACGGCUUCCCACAAUCACCCCCGGCCUACACACAGGUCGUUCCCAAAACCCCAGAACCACCCGUCACCCCAAAAUUCAGACCUCCUGUUCCUCCGGUGGUCAUAGGCGUCCCGCCAGGAGUCAUGGUUCCUGCUCAAAGCAAGGCCUUUCAGACAGUGUAGAGAGUAAAGAAACACAGCCUGAUGCGGGCUUCUGUACAAGACACACACACACAAUGACUCUUCCAAAAGUUGCAACUAUAAUAGGAAAACAAAUACACACACUGAAAACACUAUUAAGUAAAAGAAUAAUUAAAGAUAUAAGUCAAAUCAAUCAUAUAAAAUCUAAAUUGUUGAAUGCGUACCGUAUUUACAAGGGAAAUUACAAAGUGCUUGCCCCCUUCUGAAGUAUCAUAGGGUCAAAAAAAAGCUAAAGAGGUGAGAGGAGCUAAAGAAUGUUUCAUUCUCAUUCUUUGGUUCGGUCUCCUUGUUUUUUUCCAUAUUUUUUUGUUUUUCCUUCUUUUUUUGAACACUUGAAGGCUUUGUGGGCGGUGGGGUGGAAAGAUUUCCCCAAGUGCAGUUUAUUUAUUUAUUGAAUCAGAGAGGCUAAAGGACCAAGGACAGGCUGAGUUUAUGAAACAUGAUGGCGAGGGAAGGACCAACCAACUGAAGAGAAAUGAAGGGUGUUAUCCAAAAACCUGCUGUUGAUGGCUCUGGAAAUACGAUCUCAUUCGCAUUUUUUUCCCCAGAAACCAGCGUAAGCACUGACCACGCUUCAUACACCAAAACCCAAAGGCAAUAUUAAUUGCCUUCCUUAACAAACCACUAAGAAGGAAACUUCUAAAUGAAUGGCUCCCGAUGGACUUUCCAGCAUGCGGUUGACGUGUCUUUGAUGUUGCAGCACAGAAAGAUUUUAAUAGUUGAGUUGUCAUAUAACACACUGUGGGGCGAAUUCACUGAAUGGUUGCUCUGUUACACAAACACCACCUGUAGUACAGUUUAAUUGGUUUCCUUGUCAUUCGUUUUUGCACAAACCCCUCAUUUCCGAUGUAAAUCAGGGUAAUUACUGUACCUUUUCAUCAAAAAUCAAUGCUAAUGACUGCCACAGUGGUUUGCUUUUAUCACCCACGAUAAGUGGACAGUAAAAGAAACAGCGUAAGAGUUUUUGACUGCAUUUACACUGCAGAUCUUGAUGGUCAAUUCCGAUUUUGUGACUUUAUCUGAUUUUUUUAAUGACCCGCUUACAUCAUCUUUUAAAAGUGACUUGUAUCUGAUCGUCUGCAUUUUUACUUCACACAAUGACAAGGAAAAAAAGAGCGGGCGCUGACUGAAAGAGCGCCAUUUUCUCCAUUCCUGUAUUUAAGCUGUUCACAGGGUUUCAUUUAAAUAUUCUUUUUGACUAGUUGUUUUACUAUCUUUUAUGAGAGAAAAGUUCGCAUUUGGCCAUCUUCUUUUAAUCUAGGCUUUUUUUUUAAACCAGUAGCAUAUAAUAAUUUUUUAGGGGGUUUUCACCUUUAUUAGGACAGGACAGUAGAGAAUUCAGACAGGAAAGCAUUGGGAGCAGAGAGAGGGGAAGAAUCGGCAAAGGACCUCAAGCCGGGAAUCGAACUCGGGUCGCCGCGAGUACGUCAGUGCUAUAUGUCAGUGCGCAGUACCACUAGGUUACUGGCGCUGACCAGUAGCAUUUUAAUGUAAUGUCCAUGGCGUGAUGUAUGAAAUGGAAGGUUUGGGACUCUGCUGAAGUCUAUUCCGAAAUGAAAGAGUCAGAGAUUACGUCAUUCGUUGCGGUUUUCAAUGAUGCACGACUCGCAUAGACAGGUGAAAAUCCGAACUAUUUGCAUACACUGCAAACACAAGGGCACAGAUCUGAUUCAUAUCGGAUAAAUUUCCACAUAUGAACAAGGCCUGAAUCUGAUUUGAGUAAAUCGGAAUCCAUGUGAUUUUUUCCUGCUUGCACGUACAUAGGCCGAAUUCAAUCUGUGCCACAAAAAAAAAAAAUUCGGAAUUGGGUCACUUGAACCAUACAGUGUAAAUGCAGCCUUUGACUGUUUUCCAUCAAAUAAUGAAGGGAAGCGUUAUAUUCCAAUGUGUCAUGCCCUGAAGUGCACUUUGGAGUGUGUUCACACUUGGCAGCUUUGGUUUGGUUUUCCUUUGAGCUUGGUUACGUAGUUCUGUUCAUUUUAAUAAGUACGAACGCUGCCAUCUAAACACCAAAAACAAUGCACCAAGAGUGCUGGAAUGGUCUUGGUCUGCUUCAGAAAGAACUCUGAUGCGGUUCAUCCUAAAUAUGAACUCAACAUGGACCAAAGACAUCCAAACAAACCAAAAACAG